GACAUUGCUACCAUGCAGCUGUGUGCCAACAAGCUGGACAAGAAGGACUUCUUUGGGAAGUCUGACCCCUUCCUGGUCUUUUACAGAAGUAACGAGGAUGGAACGUGAGAGUAGCUUCUGAGGAAAUGUCCUAGUUUCCUAGCAUACAUGUUUUCCUAUGCUUUACAACAGUAUGCAACGUAUGUCUGUGUGUUCGGUUCUAGCUCUGAGGAUCAUAUGUCCUCAUCUUGGGAUUGUUUCUAGUGAUUGCUAGUGAUAUCACCUAAGUACAUUGUGAGUUCCUCUCUGUAACUUUCUCUACUACUCUGUUCCAGGUUCACUAUCUGUCAUAAGACGGAGGUGGUUAAGAACACACUGAACCCUGUGUGGCAGCCCUUCACCAUCCCAGUGAGGGCCCUUUGUAACGGCGACUAUGACAGGUUAGAGUGGAGAGGACAGAGGGACAGUAUGCUUUAGGUUGCAUGACCAAUGAUUGUCCUUCAGGCUGGGGAUGUGACUGUCUAUGACUGUGUUGUAUGAUAGGAUUGUGGUCAUACGCACAUCCUUAAAAAAAACAUAGGUGCUGAGCUAAUGAAGUAAACUAGAACAGACAGACAGGCCCGCACACUGAAUAUGCUCCCAGUUACCUUUAUUGACAGCGUUUCGAUCCACAAGGAUCUUCGCCAGGUCAGGUAUGUUGUAUGAUAUCAAUAGGAUUGAAACAUUGGGACACUGUCUGGGGGAACCAAUGGGGAACCUCUACAGUACUGAGCAGCAGGAUGAUGAUUUCAACUGUCAGUCACUGGGGCGAUCAGAAUAAUGCCAGCAGUCGGCCUUGGUUUCCCAGGGGCCAGCACUGGUGUUAUUGGGAUUGACUCGGAGUUACCACACCACGUUACCACACCACGUUACCACACCAUUCACUGUCAACGAUGCUGAUGGAGUCUCUGUGAGUCAAUGUUGUGUUGACAGGACAUCAGCCUACCUCUCAUGGACAUGUAUCAGCGUGACACCUUUUCUUUAGAAGGAAUAGGUCUAUGGUGGUUGUGUCAAAGGUCAUGUUGUCUAAUGAAAUACAGUGAGCUCUGAAAGUAUUGGAACAGUGACACAUUUUUUGUUUUUUUUGGCUCUGUACUCCAGCACUUUGGAUUUGACAUUAUACAAUGACUAUGAGGUUAAAGUGCAGACUGUCAGCUUUAAUUUGAGGGUGUUUUCAUCCAUAUCGGGUCCAUAUCAUCCAUAUUUGGUCCCCUAAAAUAGGGGGGACUAUGUACAGAAAGUGCGGUAAUUUCUUAACGGUUCACCUGAUAUGGAUGGAAAUACCCUCAAAUUAAAGCUGACAGUCUGCAUUUUAACCUCAUAGUCAUUGUAUCAUUUCAAAUCCAAAGUGCUGGAGUACAGAGCCAAAACAACAACACAUGUGUCACUGUCCCAAUACCUUUGGAGCUCUCUGUACAUUUUUUGAAAUGUUUUUUUUCUGUUUCCCUCCUAGAACAGUGAAGGUGGAUGUGUAUGACUGGGACAGAGAUGGAAGGUAAUUUUAGUGCACUUUUUGAUUUACACAUGAAUGUCUAAUGCUUUGUAAAUGUGUCUCAUGCUGUCAGUUAUUCUUCCCUGUAGCCACGAUUUCAUUGGUGAGUUCACCACAAGUUACAGAGAUUUCUCGCGUGGACAAAACCAGUUUAAUGUCUAUGAGGUGAGCCACAAAUGUUUGUUCAUUUUCAGUAACAUACAGUGCAUUUGGAAAGUAUUCAGACCCCUAAGACUUUUCCCACAUUUUGUUACGUUACAGCCUUCUUCUAAAAUGGAUUAAAUAAAACAAUGUCCUCAUAAAUCGACACACAAUACCCCAUAAUGACAAAGCGAAAACAGGUUUUUAGACAUUUUUGCAAAUGUAUUAAAACUUUAAAACAGAAAUACUUUAUUUACAUAAGUAUUCAGACCCUUUGCUAUGAGACUCGAAAUUGAGCUCAGGUGCAACAUGUUUCCAUUGAUCAUCCUUCAGAUGUUUCUACAACUUGAUUGGACAUGAUUUGUAAAGACACACACCUGUCUAUAUAAGGUCACACAGUUGACAGUGCAUGUCAGAGCAUUAACCAAGCCAUGAGGUCGAAGUAAUUGUCCGUAGAGCUCCGAGACAGGAUUGUGUCGAGGCACAGAUCCGGGGAAGGGUACCAAAAAAUUUCUGCAGCAUUGAAGGUCCCCAAGAACACCAUGGCCUCCAUCAUUCUUAAAUGGAAGAAGUUUGGAACCACCAAGACUCUUCCUAGAGCUUGCCGCCCGGCCAAACUGAGCAAUUGGGGGAGAAUGGUCUUGGUCAGGGAGGUGACUAAGAACCCGAUGGUCGCUUUAACAGAGCUCCAGAGUUCCUCUGUGGAGAUGGGAGAACCUUCCAGAAGGACAACCAUCUCUGCAGCACUCCACCAAUCAGGCCUUUAUGGUAGAGUGGCCAGAUGGAAGCCACUCCUCAGUAAAAGCCACAUGACAGCCCGCAUGGAGUUUGCCAAAAGGCACCUAAAGGUCUCUCAGACCAUGAGAAACAAGAUUAUCUGGUCUGAUGAAACCAAGAUUAAACUCUUUGGCCUGAAUGCCAAGUGCCACAUCUGGAGGAAACCUGGCACCAUCCCUACUGUGAAGCAUGGUGGUGGCAGGAUCAUGCUGUGGGGAUGUUUUUCAACGGCAGGGACAGGGAGACUUGUCAGGAUCGAGGGAAAGAUAAACUGAGCAAAAUACAGAGAGAUCCUUGAUGAAAACCUGCUCCAGAGCACUCAGGACCUCAGACUGGGGCGAAGGUUCACCUUCCAACAGGACAACGACCCUAAGCACACAGCCAAGACAACGCAGGAGUGGCUUCGGGCCAGAGGCCAGACUUGAACCCGAUCGAACAUCUCUGAAGAGACCUGAAAAUAGCUGUGCAGCGAUGCUCCCCAUCCAACCUGACAGAGCUUGAGAGGAUCUGCAGAGAAGAAUGAGAGAAACUCCUCAAAUACUUGUAACGUCAUAUCGAAGAAGACUCGAGGCUGUAAUUGCUGCCAAAGGUGCUUCAAUAAAGUACUGAGUAAAGGGUCUGAAUACAUAUGUAAAUGUGAUAUUUUAUACUAAUUUUCUUUAUACAUUUGCACAAAUUUCUAAAAACCUGUUUUUGCUUUGUCAUUAUGGAGUAUUGUGUGUAGAUUGAUGAGGGGGGAAAAACGAUUUAAUCAAUUUUAGAAUAAGGCUGUAACGUAACAAAAUGUGGAAAAAGUCAAGGGGUCUGAACACUUUCCGAAUGAACUGUACACCAGUAUAUGCAUAUGUGAUUACUAUUGUCAUGAACAUCCUUUCAGUUUUGUUGAUGUUAUGUUGUACCUUGACUAGAUGUGUACAUCCACAUUAUAUAAAUAUCUACCGCAAGCAUCUUCCGUUCAUAAUGCUUUUUUUUAUCCAUUAUUUUAUUUUCCAUAAACCAGGUUCUAAAUCCCAAGAAGAAGGGCAAGAAAAAGAAAUACAUUAACUCCGGCACGGUAAGUACCUCCCUCCUAUCUGCCUGUCAGCUUCACCAUUGUAAUGAUUUAUAUGAGUCACUAUUGUCAUCCUACUAUCCUUCUCCCCACCCCCACACCAUCACCACUAUCAUCAGGUAACACUGCUGUCCUUCAAAGUGGAGUCAGAAUAUACGUUUGUGGAUUUCAUCCGAGGCGGGUGAGUGGAAUGUUAAUUAGCCCAGUGUUCAUUAAGCCUAUGCCUGUGUGGAUAAACAGGAAACCCUCCUGACUCCAGGCCUUGGACAUGGAGCUAUUACUUCACACUGCUACAUUCAACCAGUUAGUCAAUUAGGGCCAUGGCCAUAGUAAUAUAACAACUACUCAAUAAACUAUUGAUCAACGUCCUGGUUGAAGAGGUUUGGUCCUUGGAUGGCAGUAUUCUAAUUUGGAUCAAGUUGAUCUUUUUAAUGUUUUUCAACCCCUUCUUUCCCAACAGGACACAACUCAACUUCACAGUAGCCAUCGAUUUCACUGCUUCUAAUGGUAAGUGGAGCUCAGGGCGGUCAUUGGCCAUAUAAAAACAUUUACACAUACAGUAGAUUAAUUUCAAAUGCAAAUGUAUCCUAAUUACACAACAUGACCAAAAGUAUGUGGACACCUACCGUCGAACAUCUCAUUCCAAAAUUAUGGGCAUUUUAUGCUGUAGCGUUAAGAUUUAUCUUCACUGUAACUAAGGGGGCUAGCCCGAACCAUGAAAAACAGCUCCAGCCAACAAACUUAACAGUUGGCAUUAUGCAUUGGGGCAGUUAACGUUCUCCUGGCAUCUGCCAAACCCAGAUUGGUCUGUCAGACUGCCAGAUGGUAAAGAGUGAUUAAUCACUCCAGAGAAUGUGUUUCCACUGCUACUGAGUCCAAUGGCGGCGAGCUUUACACCACUCCAGCCGACACUUGGCAUUGCACAUGGUGAUCUUAGGCUCGCGUACUGCUUCUCGGCCAUGGAAACCCAUUUCAUGAAGCUCCAGACGAACAGUUCUUGUGCUGAAGUUGCUUCCAGAGGCAGUUUGGAACUCGGUAGUGAGUGUUGCAACCGAGGACAGACGAUUUUUACACACUACGCGCUUCAGCACUCUGCGGUCCCGUUCUGUGAGCUUGUGUGGCCUACCACUUCGCGGCUGAGCCGUUGUUGCUCCUAGACGUUUCCACUUCACAAUAACAGCACUUACAGUUGACCGGGGCAGCUCUAGCAGGGCAGAAAUUUGACAAACUGACUUGUUGGAAAGGUGGCAUCGUUUGACGGUGCCACGUUGAAAGUCACUGAGCUCUUCAGUAAGGCCAUUCUACUGCCAAUGUUUUUCUAUGGAGAUUUCAUGGCUGUGUGCUCGAUUUUAUACACCUGUCAGCAACUGUUGUGGCUGAAAUAGCGGAAUCACUCAUUUGAAGGGGUGUCCGCAUACUUUUCUAUAUAUAUAUAUAUAUAUAUACACAGUUGAAGUCGGAAGUUUACAUACACCUUAGCCAAAUAUAUUUAAAUCCAGUUUUUCACAAUUCCUGACAUUUCAUCCUAGUAAAGAUUCCCUGUCUUAGGUCAGUUAGGAUCACCACUUUAUUUUAAGAAUGUGAAAUGUCAGAAUAAUAGUAGAGAGAAUUAUUUAUUUCAGCUUUUAUUUCUUUCAUCACAUUCCAGAAGUUUACAUACACUCAAUUAGUAUUUGGUAGCAUUGCCUUUAAAUUGUUUAACUUGGGUCAAACGUUUCAGGUAGCCUUCCACAAGCUUCCCACAAUAAGUUUGGUGAAUUUUGGCCCAUUCCUCCUGACAGAGCUGGUGUAACAGGUUUGUAGGCCUCCUUGCUCGCACACUCUUUCAGUUCUGCCCACAAAUUUUCUAUAGGAUUGAGGUCAGGGCUUUGUGAUGGCCACUCCAAUACCUUGACUUUGUUGUCCUUAAGCCAUUUUGCCACAACUUUGGAAGUAUGCUUGGGGUCAUUGUCCAUUUGGAAGACCUAUUUGCGACCAAGCUUUAUCUUCCUGACUGAUGUCUUGAGAUGUUGCUUCAAUAUAUCCACAUAAUUUUCCUUCCUCCUGAUGCCAUCUAUUUUGUGAAUUGCACCAGUCCCUCCUGCAGCAAAGCACCCCCACAGCAUGAUGCUGCCACCCCUGUGCUUCACGGUUGGGAUGGUGUUCUUCGGCUUGCAAGCAACCCCCUUUUUCCUCCAAACAUAACGAUGGUCAUUAUGGCCAAACAGUUCUAUUUUUGUUUCAUCAGACGAGAGGACAUUUCUCCAAAAAGUACAAUCUUUGUCCCCAUGUGUGUUGCAAACCGUAGUCUGGCUUUUUUAUGGCAGUUUUGGAGCAGUGGCUUCUUCUUUGCUGAGCGGCCUUUCAGGUUAUGUCGAUAUAGGACUUGUUUUACUGUGGAUAUAGAUACUUUUGUACCUGUUUCCUCCAGCAUCUUCACAAGGUCCUUUGCUGUUGUUCUUGGAUUGUUUUGCCCUUUUCACACCAAAGUACGUUCAUCUCUAGGAGACAGAACGCGUCUCCUUCCUGAGCGGUAUGACGGCUGCGUGGUCCCAUGGUGUUUAUACUUGUGUAUUAUUGUUUGUACAGAUGAACAUGGUACCUUCAGGCGUUUGGAAAUUGCUCCCAAGGAUGAACCAGACUUGUGGAGGUCUACAAAUGUUUUUUCUGAGGACUUGGCUGAUUUCUUUUUAUUUUCCCAUGAUGUCAAUGAAAGAGGCACUGAGUUUGAAGGUAAGCCUUGAAAUACAUCCACAGGUACACCUCCAAUUGACUCAAAUGAUGUCAAUUAGCCUAUCAGAAGGUUCUAAAGCCAUGACAUCAUUUUCUGGAAUAUUCCAAGCUGUUUAAAGGUACAGUCAACUUAGUGUAUGUAAACUUCUGACCCACUGGAAUUGUUAUACAGUGAAUUAUAAGUGAAAUAAUCUGUCUGUAAACAGUUGUUGGAAAAAUUACUUGUCAUGCACAAAGUAGAUGUCCUAACCGACUUGCCAAAACUAUAGUUUGUUAACAAGAAAUUUGUGGAGUUGUUGAGAAACAAGUUUUAAUGACUCCAACCUAAGUGUAUGUAACUUCGACUUCAACUGUAUAUAUAUAUAUAUAUAUAUAUAUAUAUAUAUAUAUGAAAUUAAUUUCAUUUGUUGUUUGUAUUGUUGACAAAGGGAAUAGGUUGCUCGUCCAAGCUUCUCCUAAAGUAAAUUGAAUUGAACUUGCCAAAAUUAUAUGAUUACUACUGUCUAUACAAAAAUAAAUAAAAUCCUUAAAAACGCUGCACUAGAGACCAUGAUUUAGCCAUAGAGGAUCAUUAGCUUCUUUUUAAAAAAUUGCUGUGGAUUGUUUUGAAAUCACAAGGCAAGGGCAUAACCUACAGUCGGGAAGCUUGCAAUUUGGGCCGCGUGCGCAGCAUUUCAAAUACUGAUUGUUUAUUUGCGGCUGUCUGUAAGGCCAUUCUACUGCCAAUGUUUUUUGCUAUGGAGAUUGCAUGGCUGUGUGCUCGAUUUUAUACACCUGUCAGCAACGGGUGUGGCUGAAAUAACAGAAUCCACAAAUUUUAAGGGGUGUCCACAUAAUUUUGCAUCUACCGUGUAUUUAGGUCAUUUAUGCACAUAUUACGUAACUGUAGGUCACUACAUGGAUCUGGCGUCAUUUCAGUUGUCGCUAUAUGUGUGUCUGUGUUUUACCACUGUGCCUCUGUGCUGCUUGCCCUUAGGGGUUUCAGGCUGGGUAUCUGUAAAAGCACAUUAUGAAAAUUGCUGGUGGUAAAACAGGCUUUAUAAAAUACAUUUGAUUAAUUUAAUUUGUGCUGUGUGACAGGUGACCCGUCUCAGCCCUCCUCCCUCCACUACAUGAACCCGUACCAGAUGAAUGCGUACGCCAUGGCUCUGAAGGCUGUAGGGGAGAUCAUCCAGGACUACGACAGUGACAAGCUCUUUCCAGCCUACGGCUUCGGAGCCAAGCUACCCCCCGAUGGAAAGAUCUCCCACGCCUUCCCUCUGGUUAGACACACACACACACACACACACACACACACACAAUGCUAUGAUUAGACACACAACCAGAAGGGCAUACACAUCAUGUAUCCGAUUAGAGUAAAACACCUCUAGUAUCAGAUAAAUAAAAAACAAACAGCAGAGGUGUUUUACUCUUAUCUAUUUACACCUUCAAUACACCUGUCUGUAGGUGUGUGUUAGUGUAUGUGGGUGUGUGUUAGUGUCUGUAGGUGUGUGUUAGUGUCUGUAGGUGUGUGUUAGUGUCUAGGUGUGUGUUAGUGUCUAGGUGUGUGUUAGUGUCUGUAGGUGUGUGUUAGUGUCUGUAGGUGUGUGUUAGUGUCUGUAGGUGUGUGUUAGUGUCUAGGUGUGUGUUAGUGUCUGUAGGUGUGUGUUAGUGUCUGUAGGUGUGUUUUAGUGUCUAGGUGUGUGUUAGUGUCUGUAGGUGUGUGUUAGUGUCUAGGUGUGUGUUAGUGUCUAGGUGUGUGUUAGUGUCUAGGUGUGUGUUAGAGUCUAGGUGUGUGUUAGUGUCUAGGUGUGUUAGUGUCUAGGUGUGUGUUAGUGUCUAGGUGUGUGUUAGUGUCUAGGUGUGUGUGUUAGUGUCUAGGUGUGUGUUAGUGUCUAGGUGUGUGUUAGUGUCUGUAGGUGUGUGUUAGUGUCUGUAGGUGUGUGUUAGUGUCUAGGUGUGUGUUAGUGUCUGUAGGUGUGUGUUAGUGUCUGUAGGUGUGUGUUAGUGUCUAGGUGUGUGUUAGUGUCUAGGUGUGUGUUAGUGUCUAGGUGUGUUAGUGUCUAGGUGUGUGUUAGUGUCUAGGUGUGUGUUAGUGUCUAGGUGUGUGUGUUAGUGUCUAGGUGUGUGUUAGUGUCUGUAGGUGUGUGUUAGUGUCUGUAGGUGUGUGUUAGUGUCUGUAGGUGUGUGUUAGUGUCUAGGUGUGAGUUAGUGUCUGUAGGUGUGUGUUAGUGUCUGUAGGUGUGUGUUAGUGUCUAGGUGUGUGUUAGUGUCUGUAGGUGUGUGUUAGUGUCUAGGUGUGUGUUAGUGUCUGUAGGUGUGUGUUAGUGUCUAGGUGUGUGUUAGUGUCUGUAGGUGUGUGUUAGUGUCUGUAGGUAUGUGUUAGUAUCUAGGUGUGUGUUAGUGUCUGUAGGUGUGUGUUAGUGUCUAGGUGUGUGUUAGUGUCUGUAGGUGUGUGUUAGUGUCUAGGUGUGUGUUAGUGUCUGUAGGUGUGUGUUAGUGUCUGUAGGUGUGUGUUAGUGUCUGUAGGUGUGUGUUAGCGUCUGUAGGUGUGUGUUAGUGUCUAGGUGUGUGUUAGUGUCUGUAGGUGUGUGUUAGUGUGUAGGUGUGUGUUAGUGUGUAGGUGCUAAUCUACGUUUCAUGUGUGGGAGAGGCAGGAAAAGGAGGCAGAGAAGGAGAGUGGGAGGAAAUGUGAGAGAGAACACAGUCUCAGGGCCCUAUUCAAUCAAAAUUGGCUACUGGGUUUCAGGAUAGGAGUGGCGUUUUAAAGGGAUGGGGCUGAUUGUGAUGCCAAUCAUGCCCUUGUUUGGCCUAAGAGCCUCAGCUGGGUUCAAUCACGGGCUGGGAAGGUGCUGGAAUGUGUCUGGCAGGGAGCAGAGAGGUUUUUGGCCACUGCAGCACACAGUGAAGUAUAUGGGCAAGUUGGAGAUAUGGAGAGAGAAGGUAAAGGUAUCUGUGGCGUUUGUGACACAUGUGGCAUUUAUAUUUUUGUUCAGUGUACAUUGUCACAAUGUAUUUUUCUUCUGAAUUUGAAUUAUCUGAGAAAUCGUUUAUUUUAGGUAAACGUUUAAGAUUAGGGCCUAAUGAAUUCAUUUUAAUUGACUGAUUUUCGUCAUAUGAACAUUAACCCAGUAAAAUCUUUGAAGUUGUUGCAUGUUGUGUUUAUAUUUUUGUUCAGUAUAUACUGUAAGUGAACGUCUCAAGGUCACCACUGAGGGUGUCUGUCUCUUCCACCACCAGCAGUAAGUAGUAAGUAACUAGCCGGUGCCCCCGCACAUUGACUCUGCACCGGUACCCCCCCUGUAUAUAUAGCCUCCCUACUGUUAUUUUAUUUUACUUCUGCUCUUUUUUUCUCAACACUUUUUUGUUGUUUUAUUCUACUUUUUUAUAAAAAAUAAAUGCACUGUUGGUUAAGGGCUGUAAGUAAGCAUUUCACUGUAAUGUCUGCACCUGUUGUAUUCGGCGCAUGUGGCCAAUAAAAUUUGAUUUGAAGCGUGCCCCGACAUUGUCUCAAUGCAGCUGUGAGAGCGCUCAGCUCACUGAGAGAGGACCUGAGUGAGGACAGGGUGUGGCCCAGGGGCCGAGCCUCAUCGCCUCGGUGACAGCUGGCCGCACGCGCUCAGCAGCCGGCUCAUCUCCCAGCCCUGCGGGGGACUCCCAGCAUCCUCUCACUUCCUCCUGAGGAGCCUCCCCAAUCACAGGCUCCGCUCCACUGGCUGCUGUUGUCAAGCCAACAGCUUUCUGUCUCUCUCUGACCUGCAGCAUUACUUCCCAAAAAACAACAAGAAAUGCAGGAACUCUGUGAACUGGGCUGGUCGGCUCUCCAGUGGCUAGUGGAAUAUUGAAGUCCCAUAUUAAUUAUAAAUAGAACGUGAUUUAUUAUUUACACUUUUUUUGUGGCAGGCACUUGACUUUUAUUGUUAUUACCACAAUGCACAUUUAGAGCUUACUUUUCCUAGGCAUUGUCCUUGAAAGGAGUGGAUGUGUAAAAAGUGGGUUGGUGGUUGAGGUUUGGAUCACCAGUGAAACAAUUUACCAUAGCAUUAUUGAUAACGGAAUGUCUUGUCACUUCUUCCUGUCCCUUGCAGAGUGGUGACAAUGAAAACCCUAACUGUGUGGGGAUAGAGGGAGUGUUGGAGGCGUACUUUCAGAGCCUCAGGACGGUCCAACUCUACGGACCCACCAACUUCUCUCCAGUCAUCAACCAGGUGGCACGGUAAGGAGAUUACACAGCACAUUCAUACAUACUAGAGUAGAAACACGCACAUCCCCUGGAGUUGCAAGGCUACACUAUGUACUUGAAGCUGUUUUCUCUGCCAGACUCGUUCUCCCCUAGGCAACGAUGCUCUCCCUCUCUGACUAGCAGACCGCUGUUCUCCCUGUCUGAUGCACUCCCUCUCUGAUGAGCAGACUGCCGCUCUCCCUCUCGGACUAGCAGACUGCCGCUCUCCCUCUCUGACUAGCAGACUGCCGCUCUCCCUCUCUGACUAGCAGACUGCCGCUCUCCCUCUCUGACUAGCAGACUGCCGCUCUCCCUCUCUGACUAGCAGACUGCCGCUCUCCCUCUCCGACUAGCAGACUGCCGCUCUCCCUCUCUGACUAGCAGACUGCCGCUCUCCCUCUCUGACUAGCAGACUGCCGCUCUCCCUCUCUGACUAGCAGACUGCCGCUCUCCCUCUCUGACUAGCAGACUGCCGCUCUCCCUCUCUGACUAGCAGACUGCCUCUCUCCCUCUCUGACUAGCAGACUGCCGCUCUCCCUCUCUGACUAAAAGACUGCUGCUCUCCCUGUCGCUCUUAUUAUUCAUUCAAAGUAUUCCCUAGUAUUGUUUUCCAUUGGAGUCAUUUAGCAGAAGCUCUUAUCCAGAGUGACUUACAGGAGCAGUUAGGGUUAAAUGUCUUGCUCAGGGGCACAUCGACCAAUCUUUCACCUCGUCGGGACUCGAACCAGCGACCUUGUGGUUACUGGCCCAAUGCUCUCAACCAGUAGGCUACCUGCCGCCCUGCUGCCUGUAAUGGCUCCAUACUGUACAAUAUGGCACAAUGAGAAGCUGUAAAGGCAGACUCCAUACUGUACAUAGAGCAGACACUCCUGUUGCAUAGUUACUGUGCUUGGCUACUACAUUAUAUUGGACCAUAGUGUCUGGAGGAGGGUUUAUACAGUCUAUGGGGUGUUAAUGUGCUUGGAGCACCUGCAGCACAAUAUGGAGAAGUGUCUGGAGAAAUGUGUCUUUCAGACAGCUGAUGUUCUUCUUUAGCUUCUGCUCAGAGUAGUCUUCAUGUGUGCGGAGAGCAUUUGAUUCCUCAAGUGUCAUUUAAGAAGUUUCUGGUGCUUCUGAAACAGGGAGGCAGGGAGUAAUUUCAUGGGAUCAUUUUUGGAGAACAAACCAAAAAAUUGUUUUUAGAAGUUUUUGGUGCUUCUCAAGUCAUGGAAGCAGUCAUUUCAGGAGAGCUCUGGCUAAGAUUUUUUUUUUUUAAUGCAUUGCGUUCAGGUUACUGACCAUGUGAUGGGAAAUUGAAGAGGACAUGGCAUUGCAAGGCCAUUCUAGCAGCUGUGUAAAGUUACCAGAAUAAUUACAUUUAACAUUUUAGUCAUUUGGAAGAGUUAUCCAGAGUGACUUACAGUUAGUGCAUUCAUCUUAAAGGGGCAAUCAGCAGUUGCUAAAUCCAUUUUUGGAUUUAUAAAUUAAAGGUCCUGAACAGUCAUUCUCUCAUGGCUAUCUACCAGGUAAUUUAAAAAGACAGGCUGAAAGGGUGGGGAGCUUACAUUCAUGAGCACGCCUUGACUGACAGCUCUUUGAAACGCCUAUGUGAAGCAACUUGGAUGCAGUGAGCAAUGUUGCAGUAAAAUCAUCUCAAUCAAAUUUGGUGAUACACAAAGCAACUCAAACAACAUUGAAAUUGCGUCAGUGAUAUCAUUUUAAAAAAAUACAAGGCGAUACUUUUAAAUUAGGUAAGAGAAUAUCAUGUUACCGUUGGUGUAUUAGCAUGAGAGGUAAAGGGAUAUCACCUUGUCCCCUUAAUAAUGAAUCCAAGUGUUUGACAUGCGGGAGGGGACCAGUAACUUUAUGAUCAAACUUUAUCAAUGUAGAAGCAACAGUCAUUUUUCAUACUUUGGUCAUCAUACUUUGAUCUGGUUUCCUUCAAAUAUCAACCAAUUUCAUAAAAAACAUGAUUUUGAUUGUUCAUGACCUUCAAUUAUAUGUACCCAUUGAUUCUUGAAGAUUAUAAUUUAUAAAUGCCUCAUGAGCUUAGUUCAACUGUCGUACCCCAUCAGAACCCAAACUAUAGGCUUGUUUUACUCCAAUGUUUGUAAACAAAGUAAAUGUAAACAAACACUAUAUACCCUCAAAACAUGGUUAGAUCUAACUUUUGAUACUGUAUCCAUAGCUCUGUCUGUGAAUUUGAGAGAGGUUACAUUUCUCCAGGCCCAUCCCUCAGCUUUUUCCCGAAACAGGGGUGGGGAAAACGCUAUGUUAUUGUUUCAGCUGCUGAUUGCCGCUUUAAGGUAAGGCUUGGGGAAAGGCAUUAACAUUAACAUUGGGUUAACAUACUGCUGUGCACCGCCAUUCAUUUUCUGCCGAUUAUAUAUACACUACCUUUUUGUUUUGGUCAGAGCCUGGUGUAGUGAUAUUGAUGGUUUCUCACAACUAAUGGCUUCUACGGUUGUGGCUAGAUGGAGUAUAGCUACAGACAAAAGUGACUUUACGUAGCAGGUUAGCAGAACUAACGCAACAGGUUAGGAGAAUUAACAUAGCCGGUUAGGAUCAUUAGGUUAAGGUUAGGAAAAAGUUUAGGGUUAGGUUUAGCUAAAAUGCUACAGUUGUCCCUGACGCAACAACUGGAGCUGCAGCUAUACUCCAUCUAGCCCCAACCGUAGAAGCCAUCAACUCAGAGAAACCAUCAAUAUCAAACCGAAAUUGGUAUAGCCUACAACUGGCACUACCAUAGGAAAUUGUGAAUGGCUUGGAACCAGCUUGGCACAGCAUUUCAGCCAAUCAGAUAGCAGAUUUCUCUGAAAUGGUUUUGAUCUUACCAGUUGUUUUCCUGAAUUUAUCAACCAUUUUCCCUCCCUCAAUAAAGCAGCUGUCAGCGAAGUCAAGACAUUUUUACAUUUAAGUCACGCUCUUAUCCAGAGCGACUUACAGUAGUGAGUGCAUACAUUUUCAUACUUUUUUUUUCCCAUGAUGGUCGCCCACAGGAAUCGAACUCACAACCCUGGCAUUGCAAGCACCAUGCUCUACCAACUGAGCCACAGUUAGUAUGGAAAGACAAGUGUGUGUAAGUGCAAUAAAGGCACGUUAUUUAUUUUUCUGUGCGCUGUAAUAACCAGCCAUGUGUCAUCCCACUACCUAGCUCACUGCUACCUGGUACACUACUGUUCAAAAGGUUGGGGUCACUUAGAAAUGUCCUUGUUUUCCAUGAAAACAUACAUGAAAUGAGUUUGAAUAGGACAUAUAGCAAAAUGAAUAUGAAAUGUAGUCAUUGACGAGGUUAGAAAUAAUGAUUUUUAAUAGAAAUAAUAAUUGUGUCCUUCAAACUUUGCUUUCGUCAAAGAAUCCUCAGUUUGCAGCAAUUACAGCCUUGCAGACCUUUGGCAUUCUAGUUGUCAAUUUGUUGAGGUAAUCUGAAGAGAUUUCACCCCAUGCUUCCUGAAGCACCUCCCACAAGCUGGAUUGGCUUGAUGGGCACUUCUUACGUACCAUACGUUCAAGCUGCUCCCACAACAGCUCAAUAGGGUUGCGAUCCGGUGACUGUGCUGGCCACUCCAUUAUAGACAGAAUACCAGCUGACUGCUUCUUCCCUAAAUAGUUAUUGCAUAGUUUGGAGCUGUGCUUUGGGUCAUUGUCCUGUUGUAGGAGGAAAUUGGCUCCAAUCAAGCGCCAUCCACAGGGUAUGGCAUAGCGUUGCAAAAUGGAGUGAUAGCCUUCCUUCUUCAAGAUCCCUUUUACCCUGUACAAAUCUCCCACUUUACCACCACCAAAGCACCCCCAGACCAUCACAUUGCCUCCACCAUGCUUGACAGAUGGCAUCAAGGACUCCUCCAGCAUCUUUUCAUUUGGUCUGCGUCUCACAAAUGUUGUUCUUUGUGAUCCGAACACCUCAAACUUCGAUUUGUCUGUCCAUAACACUUUUUUCCAAUCUUCCUCUGUCCAGUGUCUGUGUUCUUUUUCCCAUCUUAAUCUUUUUUUUUAUUGGCCAGUCUGAGAUAUGGCUUUUUCUUUGCAACUCUGCCUAGAAGGUCAGCAUCCCGGAGUCGCCUCUUCACUGUUGACGUUGAGACUGGUGGUUUGUGGGUCCUAUUUAAUGAAGCUGCAAGUUGUGGACCUGUGAAGCGUCUGUUUCUCAAACUAUACACUCUAAUGUAUUUGUCCUCUUGCUCAGUUGUGCACCGGGGCCUCACACUCCUCUUUCUAUUCUGGUUAGAGCCAGUUUGCACUGUUCUGUGAAGGGAGUAGUACACAGCGUUGUACGAGAUCUUCCGUUUCUUGGCAAUUUCUCGCAUGGAAUAGCCUUCCUUUCUCAGAACAAGAAUAGACUGACGCGUUUCAGAAGAAAGUUAUUUGUUUCUGGCCAUUUUGAGCCUGUAAUCGAACCCACAAUUGCUAAUGCUCCAGAUACUCAACUGGUCUCAAGAAGGCCAGUUUUAUUGCUUCUUUAAUCAGCACAACAGUUUUCAGCUGUGCUAACAUAAUUGCAAAAGGGUUUUCUAAUGAUCAAUUAGCCUUUUAAAAUGAUAAACUUGGAUUAGCAAACACAACGUGCCAUUGGAACACAGGACUGAUGGUUGCUGAUAUCGGGCCUCUGUACGCCUAUGUAGAUAUUCCAUUAAAUAUCAGUCGUUUCCAGCUACAAUAGCCAUUUACAACAUUAACAAUGUCUAUGCUGUAUGUUAUUUUAAUGGACAGAAAAAUUGCUUUUCUUUUCGAAAACAAGGACAUUUCUAAGUGACCCCAAACUUUUGAACGGUAGUGUAUGACAGAGCACAGUAAAUCCCUCAUUCGACCCAGGUCUCAGACAAGGAUCCAUGCUACACUCAGCCAAGUGGAACACCUUAAUGACCUUUUACAGUUUUUGCCCAUUGCUUACACACUAAAACCGAAUGCUUAGACCAAAGCCUCAAUACCUAAACUUCUUGUAGCAUACCUUAAACACAGUGUAACCAUAGCUUAAACACAAUGUCAACUUUGCACUUUGUUUGCAAUUCUGUAACACACUUAUUGUGAAACACUACACACGUUUUCUUACAUUAGAAACUUUGUUCAAAAACGAAAUCACCUGUUAUCAUUGGGAAAACACUCUGUUCAAAAUGCAAAACUCAUCUGGCAAUUGUAUGCACUUACAUACACACCUGAAAACACUUGCACAGAAAACAGAACACCAAUCAGUCUGAGCCUUAGCACUACAAAUAGGCCUCAGGUAAGCCAUUUUUAGAACUUUGCAAGCAUGGAGGCAAUGAGAGUCAGAGUAAGAGGAGGACAAAGAGAGAGAGGAGUCGGAUGUGGAAGAGGACGUGGAAGAGGACGAGGACCAGUGCGGAGACGUAUAUCAGAUGACAUCAGGGCUACUCUGGUGGACCAUGUGAUAAAUCAUGGCCUGUCCAUGAGGGAGGCUGGGCAAAGAGUCCACCCUAACCUCAGUCGCUACACAGUAGCAUCGAUAAUAAGGACAUUCCGACUGGAGAACAGGUAGAUCUUCAAGUUUCUACUCCAGACUGUACCUACUGUAUGUGUCACAUGAUUCUGUAUCAUAUUACAGUAUUACUGUACUAACUAUACAAAAAUGGGUAGUGCUGUGAAGUACUGUAUAUGUAAAGGAAUACCAUUGUGAUGUUGCAGUACUGUGUACAGUUUGAAAGUACAGUAUGUGAAAAAUAACCUAACCAAUGACAUCUUGUGGUGGCAUUUUCUACAGAAUGGUUGGACGACCUCCUCAAGGUGGAAGGGAAUGGCUCUUCACUCAACAUAAAGAGCUUGCCAUCAUUGAAAUGGUGCGAGAAAAUAAUGCAAUCCGACUUCGUGAGUUGCAACAACGCAUAAUUGCAAAUGGAAAUGAAUUCAACAAUAUCAACAGGGUCAGCAUUUCUACACUAAGUCGCAUCCUACAGAAACAUAACUUCAGAAUGAAGCAGCUGUACAGGGUGCCAUUUGAGAGGAACAGUGUCAGGGUCAAGGAUCUGCGCCAUGAUUAUGUGCAGGUAUGUGUCACUUUACUUUAUAUACUAUAUAUUGUGAUGUGGGAAUGAGGGUUUAUGCUGCCACCUGCCCUGCCUGUAGCUUGUAGUUUUUGUCUAUACUCACCCAACCCAGCCCCUACUUGUGUGAAAAUAUAGACAUUGUAGUUACUGUAUGUGUUUUCAGUAACACUAUUCAAUAUUUUCUGUUACAGACAGUUCUGGAGUUUGAUGCCGCCGAACUGCCGCAUGAGUUCAUCUACGUGGAUGAGGCAGGCUUCAAUCUGGCCAAAACCAGGCGUCGGGGCCGUAACGUAGUUGGACAAAGGGCUGUUGUAAAUGUCCCUGGGCAGCGGGGGGGAAAUAUCACCUUGUGUGCUGCAAUUAGUUUCCAAGGAGUCCUACAUCAUCAUGCCACUCUAGGUCCCUACAAUACAGGACAGAUCAUUGCAUUUCUAGAUGCACUACAUGCAGUUGUGCAGGACAGACCAUAGCAGCCCAGGUUUGUUGUCAUCUGGGAUAAUGUUAGUUUCCACCGGGCUGCUCUGGUCUGAGAUUGGUUCAACAACCAUAAUCAUUUCACAGUUUUAUACCUGCCCCCUUACAGCCCCUUUCUAAAUGCAAUUGAGGAAUUAUUUUCAGCGUGGCGGUGGAAAGUAUAUGAUCGGCAACCACAUGCCCGCAUGACUCUUCUGCAAGCAAUGGAAGAGGCAUGUGGAGACAUUGAGGUGGGAAUCAAUCCAAGGGUGGAUUCGGCACACAAGGCGAAAUUUUUCCCCGAUGCCUAGCCCACAAGGACAUCGCCUGUGAUGUUGAUGAGGUCUUGUGGCCAGAUCCGAACAGAAGGCGUGAUCCAUAAGCCCCCCGGCCCCCCACCACACACACAUUUUACAUUUACAUUUUAGUCAUUUAGCAGACGCUCUUAUCCAGAGCGACUUACAGUUAGUGAAUACAUUUUUUUUUUUAUACUGGCCCCCCGUGGGAAACGAACCCACAACCCUGGCGUUGCAAACGCCAUGCUCUAUCAACUGAGCUAUAUCCCUGCCGGCCAUUCCCUCCCGUACCCUGGACAACGCUGGGCCAAUUGUGCGCCAUCCAUGGGUCUCCCGGUCCCGGCCGGCUGAGACAGAGCCUGGAUUCGAACCAGGAUCUCUAGUGGCACAGUUAGCACUGCGAUGCAGUGCCUUAGACCACUGCACCACUCAGGAGACAUACACACACACACACGCACACACACACACAAAACAAGUAUAUGUUUUUUCCCCCAAUAGCAAUUUAUCCAGUAAUUGUUUUGUUUUCUUACUUUUGUUUUGUUGCUAAAUUUGAUGUUAAGAAUUUCUGUAAGAAUGUUUUUUUUUUUGUAAAAACUUUUUUGUAAAUACUGUUUGAUUACUGCAGAAAUUCUACUUUUGAGUUUUACAGAAGACAAUGACAAUAAAAUGACAAUAAAAAUAGAAACACAAAGACUGCAGUGUUUUAUAUAAAGACCAUCAGUGUGUUGCUGGUGAUAUGAAAGAGUAAUUCAAAUGUUGCUUGUGUGUAUGGUUUUGUUGCAAGAAUUUCAUUUUUAGAAAGGAGUGUUAAGUUUUGAUUGCAGUGUUUCAUUUUGGCAUAUAUGUGAGUUGUUAAUCUCCAAGUGCUAUGUCUGAUUGGCUUGUGUGUUGAGUUUUGACAUAAUGAGUCAAAUUCUGCAAAAAGUGUGUAAGCAAUAGGCAAAAACUGUAUUAGGGAUGUAUUUUUAGAGCCAGUCCAGAGAGGACAUUGUCGAUAACCUACAGACAAACAACUGUAACACACGUCUUGGAGCUUCUCUAACAUAAAAACAGAUUGGAUGUGAAAUGUAUUUUGUAUUUUAUUUUGUAUUAAUUUUUGGGGGGUCGAUCCUCUCGUUCUGAGAUGAGAGGUGGCUGCUGGGUAAUGCCAGAGGUCAAAGUGUCAAGGCUCACUGGAUAAUGGUCCUUCAUUUUGUCUCUAGUGAGAGGCUGUAAACAUUUGCGGCAGGUAGCUUAGUGGUUAAGAGCGUUGUGCCAGUAACCGAAAGGUUGCUGGUUCUAAUCCCCGAGCCAGCUAGGUGAAAAAUCUGUCGAUGUGCCCUUGAGCAAGGCACUUAACCCUAAUUGCUCCUGCAAGUCACUCUGGAUAAGAGCGUCUGCUAAAUGACUAAAAUGUAAAUGAUAUAAAUUCACACUCAAUCCCACUCAGGCACACAGUCCUCCCUGAGUGUUAACUCGCCAGUGUGUGCGUGUGCCACCUCAGGUCUGCGCAGGAUGUGACGGAUGGCUCUCAGUACUUUGUGUUGUUGAUGAUCACAGAUGGAGUUAUCUCUGACAUGGUGCAGACAAAGGAGGCUGUGGUCAAUGUGAGUACAGGACUUUUCCUCUUUCAGCUGGGCCAUCUUAUCUGCAGACAUUGUUCUGAGUUGAGGCAGUCUGCAAACCAAGCAUAUCCUACUACUGUCUGUCUGUCUGUCACUCCUGUUUUUUUCUCUCCCUACAGGCAGCUGCUCUCCCCAUGUCCAUCAUCAUCAUCGGGGUCGGACCUGCAGAGUUUGACGGUGAGCAUAGCGCCCCUAGAUAUAGAACAGAGGACCAAACUCUCCUGCUCAGCUGUUAUUGGAGGACUUAUAAGGAGCUUUUCUCCUUUGAGGGUUCCUUUAGAAAAUCAGUGCUGUACAGAGUCAAGUAUCCUGGCCCUCUUCAGAUCAAUGACUCCUUAACGGCGGGAGGGAGGGAGGGAGGGAGGGAGGGAGGGGAGUCUCUGUUCCUGCCCAGUGAGGCAUAACCCUUGGCAUCAUCUGCGCUCGAUUCGGCUAAAUUUUUCCCUUGGUUAGGCAAUCGAACGCAUUGAAGUCAGCCAGGCAUUGCUCAGGUCACAGGGUCAGACUGCCUGUUAGCAGCUCAGGCGAGCAACUCUUCAGCUGUAGCUUUGUGGGAAAAUGUGUGUCUAUCAGUGGAGGACGGCUCAUAAUAAUGGCUGGAAUGGAGUCAAUGGAAUGGCAUCAAACACACAUGUGGUUAAUACCACUCCAUUGACUCCGUUCCAGCCAUUAUUAUGAGCCGUCCUCCCCUCAGCAGCCUCCACUGGUGUCUUGUGUUUCAAGACUUAUCUGGUUUAUUUGUCCGAUCCUGUGUGGGUCUGUGCAUUUGUGUGGAUGCGUCUGUCUGGGAGUUCUGUGUGCAGUAUUCUGUGUGGUUAUGAAUACUUCUUUUUGUCAGGGUUGAUCUGUCUCGGUAUCAGACUAAAUUAGAUGUUCUGUAAGCCUUUUAGAAUGACCUUUCUAUUCAUUUUACAUUUUAGUCAUUAUGCAGAUGAUUUUAUCCAGAACAACUUACAGUAGUGAGUACAUACAUUUUCAUAUUUGUUCAUACUGGUCCCCCAUGGUUAUCAAACCCACAACCCUGGUGUUGUAAGUGCCAUGCUCUACCAACUGAGUCACACGGUAUCAAUGAGUCCACAGUCCUUUAACAGCGCUUAGUCUGAUUUUAAAUAACUGCUAGCAGCACUUAACAUUUCCCUUCUGGUAUCUGCUGAAGUUUUGACUUGAAGUGUUCCCGGGUCUGAAAGCUUCUUCGUGUCAAACUGACUGUUGUACCUUUUCAUUGUUUUUCAUUGUCUAGCCAUGGAGGAGCUAGAUGGUGACGAGGUCAGGGUGUCCUUCAGGGGGCACUUUGCUGAAAGAGACAUUGUGCAGGUAGGUUGUGGCCAGACACCCGAGAAAUUUUAAUGAUUUAGUCUAUGUGCACUAACGUUAUAUUUGAUGAAAGGGAAACCACACGCUCUCGUAGUUCUGAUACAGUCAUGUAUUUAUUCCCAAGAACCAACCAGUUUAUUCUCCCAGAUAUUAGGGAAGACUUCCAGUACCCUACUGCAGUGUGUCCCUGUCAUCGUCCACCCCCCCUUACCCCCCCCCCCCCCCCCCCAACCCCCCUACAGUUCGUUCCUUUCCGGGACUACAUGGACCGGUCGGGGAACCAGGUCCUGAGCAUGGCCCGGCUGGCCAAGGACGUGCUGGCUGAGAUCCCUGAGCAGCUGCUGGGGUUCAUGAAGACCAGAGGUAUCGAGCCACGGCCCACCCUCUCCUCCUCAGACCUGCCUGACCUCCACAGGCACAUCUGA